AUGGGCAAGGGAAUGAAAAUGAGCCGAUUCCUCAAGUCCCUCUCUGACUUCUUCUUCACGUAUGAGACCCCACGCCAAGUGGUGGUCAGGAAUAUAAAAGUAGGAUUAAGUUUACAUACCUGCCCGAUUGUACACCUGUACCUGUACAGGUGGGUGUUCAUCUAUGAGAAAGGUUACCAGUCCAAAGAAUAUGGAGUCAGCUCUGUCUUCACCAAAGUGAAAGGAGUAGGCUACACCAAAGGGGGAAAGCAUUCGGAAAGCGUCUGGGAUGUGGCCGACUAUGUGUUCCCACCGCAGGGAGAGCCCUCAUUUGUGGUGAUGACUAACUACAUCGAAACUGAAGGACAAAAGAGGGGAACGUGUCCUGAGCUCCCACGGAAGAGCAACUGUAGCUCAGACGCCGACUGCAAAAAAGGAAGUUUCAAACGUACGGGACACGGUCGUUUGACUGGCGAGUGUGAUCCCGUCAAAAAGACAUGUAGAGUUCUGGCUUGGUGCCCUGUUGAAGAUGACCGCAUCAUACCAGACCCUCCCUUGUUGAUGUCUGCGGAGAACUUCACAGUGUUCAUCAAAAACACUGUAACAUUCCCCUUUUUUGGCGUAACAAGGAGUAACCUUGUGGAUGAUGGGCCGAAUACAAAACUCAGCAAAUGUCUCUACCACAAAACGCACGCUCCACUGUGUCCCAUAUUCAGACUGGGAGACUUAAUCGAGCAAUCUGGUUUUGAUUUCGAAAUCAUUGCCAGAAUUGGAGGGGCCAUUGGUGUUGUAAUUGAGUGGUCGUGCAACUUUGAUUUCGAUGUCAAGUACUGUAUACCUGUAUACAGCUUCCAUGGACUAUAUGGAAACCCUGAAGAAAAAAACAAAAACCGAGAAUCAGUAGGCUACAACUUUAGGUAUGCACACAUAUUUCUCGGGUCUUUGUGCAUAUGGACCUGAUUUCUUAAAAAGAUAAUAGAAUGGAAAGAAUCAUGCAGCUCUACCAUUGGGUGGUAAUGCAAAAUGAGAGGAUGGAUGUAACGUUGUCAUUUCUUUCAGGCAUGCAAUAUAUUAUAUGGCGGGCAAAGAACAAAGAAGAACACUCAGGAAAAUCUUUGGUAUCAGGAUCGACAUCAUUGUGGAAGCACUGGGCAGAAAAUUUGAUGUCAUCCCAACGUUGACAGCAAUUGGCUCCGGCGUGGGCAUCUUUGGAGUGGUAUGUUGGUACUCAAUCCUAUUUACCUGACUUGAAAUUAAAAGAUAUCUCAACAGCUUGUAAAAACAAUCUUUUCAGGUUACUAUUGUCUGUGACUUGGUGCUGUUGAAUUUGUUACCCAAAAGAAAAUUUUAUAAGGACAUGAAAUUCAAAUCCGCAUCACCCGUAAAUGGGCAACAGGACCAUGGCCAAGACCAAGGUCAAGCUCAAGUCCAAGACCUAGAUUCAGAAGGAUGCAGUGCAGAGACAGAAGAAUCGAAAAGUAAGCAAUUUCCAGAGCGACAUAAAGUGAAUCUGAAAAAUAGAGGGACAACAGCGGAACUAUUGAAGAACAUGAACAAGGCAGAAGUUUUACAAGUGGCUAAGAUGCAUUAUGAAAUGCGGCCGAACCUUCAAAGCCAAGUCUUACACGCCUCAAUGGACUAAAAAGGACAAUUCGUCGUCGACCUGACUGAGCAUCGUCAGCUGGCGGGGAGGAAAAACAAAAAAAAUUAAAUUGCAGUUUACACAGUCCGCAGUGCUUUCUAAAAACUUAAACACAGACUGGCCCCAACUUGUAACAAAAACAAAACCCUGUGACUUGAAGUUGAUUUUCCCCCACAAUUUCAAGCAAGAAUUAUUAUUGCGACCUUCUCAUGCUUAGGUUAAUGUCAGGGAUUAAAGAAGCUUUUGUAUCUAAGCCAAGCUUUUCUGGAAUCACUCAGAAAAUAACCUUCACUUGUUUUUAGUAGAAAUACUUUUGUCUGGCUGUUGCAUUUGUCUUUCCCUGCCUCAAAUGUUUCUCCAGUCUUUCUAUAUAAGCAUUUGAUAUUCAAACAAUUAACUUGAGUAAUAGCUCCACUUUGCUAGGCAUGGCCUCAGUGCCAAACUUUUUCUUUCUUUUUAAGCAUGCAUUGUUUUCAAUACAUUCAUCCUACUAAUUGUGGCUGAUCAAACUGUUUGAAAAAUGUGGAUUUUUUUUCAUUAUUCUCAAAAUGACUAUUUUACUAACAAUAUUA